GUCAAGGAGUAAACACAUAGCUGAUGUGCGCAGCGAUUUGAAAUUCGAUUGUGUAGUUUUACGCUAUUACAAGUAAAAUCAUUUUGACAACCGAAUAGGAAAGCGAAUUAGUUUGUGUGAAAACAAACGGAAAUCGGUUGUUUUGUAAAGGAUAAAAUUGUAUUCGAUUUUUAAAUUCAGUUGAAACAAUCCAGCAAACAAAAAACACGUUCCGAAUUUAUUGAGUUUAAUCCCGUUGCGGAUAUUUCAAUAAAUACGACAAAAUCGAAAUAAUAAUUGUUCAAUCCGAUUUUAAUGGCACAAUCGAUGCUCGGACAAAUUGUGUGAAAAAAACAAAAACCGAACGAAACAAAAACUGUGUUGAAAUCCGAAUAAAUUGUUAUCGAGUGCUGUACACCUGUUAGAUUAGAGAUCAAAGUAUUAUUGAGCAAGCUGACAACAUCAAUACAAUUAGCGCAUUAGGUAAUCAACAUUACUGACUAUAUGGUAGCAGUUUGAAUCUUUAAUUGCAACUACUUUAAUAUCGCAUUCAAGAAAUAAACGAUCGCGCUCAACUAAAAAUACACAUCAUUGUUGUCAAUUGUGCUAUAUAAUCGAGGUUUUGCAUGUCACGUAAAAUGGCCGAAUUAAAGUAAAAUCAUAUUCACCACGAGUGGUAAAUAAUUGGUAUUUUGUUGUGGACAUUGUGUAACAUUAAUACCCGUAUACGCGUAUGUAUUACAUUUGAAAAUUCGUUGACAAAGUUAAUGUGAAUAAUAACGGUGAUGAUGUUAGCUUGUGUUAUUAUUGUUUUUGUUAAAGGUAGCGCACGCAGUGAGAGUUAAUCGACGGAAAUAUGAACAAUGUGCUGAGAUUAAAGUUAUAAAUCAAGAAAAUACAUCAAAAAUUAAGACAGAAGGAAAAAAAAUCAUAUAUCGAACGAAAAACCAUAAAAUGGAAACACAAAUUCGGAAAUUGAGCACGAUAUCCGUUUCAUUGAAUAUACUUUUUGAAAGUUUGAAUAACUCGUAAUAAUGUGUUCAACAAACGAAAAUAUUAAAAGCACUUAAUACACACAACAGACGAAGCGAAUCAUAAAUUGAUAAAGUUUGACCGUUGAAAAUUUGAGAGCAGUUUGUGUGCGUGUGUGCGCGUGUGUGAAAAAGGACACCAGUGAAGUAAUCGAAUCUAUUGGAAAAGUUUGCUGCGAAGUCAAAUGUUGGUCAGUUAAUUGAGUAUAAUAGACAAAAUUAAAUGGAUUUUCUCGCAUUUAUGUGAUCAUUAUUGGACAUAAUAUACGGUUAAAUCUAAUGAAAACUUUUACACGUGUAAAUCACAUUUUGACGAGUGAAACGUAAUUCAGUUUAUUGCGCUUAUUUUUCUCGGUUUUACUAAAUUAUAUUGACGUCGCGACGAUUUUAUUCGUUGACUGUGCUCUCAUUUUUAUUUGAGCAAACUAUUGUGGCGCCGGAUUCCCGUGUGAUUUUGCAUCGAUUGCCGUGCAUCAAGCGAAACUAAAUUUAUUGCUUUGUGAUUUGUGUCUCUCUGUCGAGACUUGAUUUUUUUGGUCAUUUGAAUUGUCCAAGCAAUAUUAAAAUUGAAGCCGUCUACAGCCAACGCACGUCAUUGAACCGGUGCAAGUGUAUGUGUAUUUUGUGGCUAUUAAACUCUGCGUGAUGUUUUGUAGCGUUCCGCAUGUGAUUACCAAUGCGUAUUGCACGAUAGUCGAUCAUUAAUUAUUGUCAUUCGCACAAUCGGCCCUGUCGUUAGACUGAAACAAUUCAUACAUAAUUGAACCGAUACAUAAAUAUUGUAAAACAAACCAAUUGAUGUAGUGCAAUUGAUUUAGUUUCGUUGAUGUAUUUGCACUUCGAAUUAACAGAAAUUUUGUGAAAUUAAUGCUCAACUAACCAUUCACAUAUUGUGUGCUUGGGUAAGUUUUAUUUGAACUGUGGUAGCUUCGUCCUGAAUUGUUAGACAUUUUCAACGGUCUUAUGUGGUGCGUGGCAAUUGAAUAAACAUUUGUUGACACCUCCAAAAGAAAAUUAGUGCGUAGUAUAAGCAAAUCGGGUUGUUAUCAACCACCAAAUAAGUAAUUAUUUACUGCGUGCAUUGGUAAACAGUCAACAAAACAGUGGCCAUACAGUGGCCCAUUAAAUUGAAACCACAACGCUGAAACGGAAAGCCGGGCAGCAAACCCCAUCAGAUAACAGGUGAAUAGAAUGCACACACUAUUGUGCGAAAAGCCCAUCUCGACCAUAGACAAAAGGCUAACACAGUUUCAAUAGAUCAAGCGAUUUAACGUGUCUAUCGUAGGCACUUUUUCCUUUUGAAAUACGUGCUAAAUAUCAACUGAAACCAAUAAACAAUCGCUUCAUUCAACGUGGCAGAGGAACUUUUUAUCUUCAUUACUAUUGUGUUAAAUAUUCACAACUAAUUUCGAGAAGAAAAGUGUUCAAACAAAAAAACACUAAAAUUGGUGCUUCAGUGAAAUUGUCGCAUUAAAAAAAAAAACAAAUUCUGAUUAAAGAUAUAUUAACGAAUCCGAAGCGAAUCAACGACGAAACAAAAAAAAAGGUACGAACUGACAACGUUGGCAAAACCACGAUUCAGCUGAACAUUUGUUAUUUCGCAUAAUUUUCGGUUUUUGCAGCUGUUAAAUUUUUUCGACAAGACAGCGGGCAAAAAGCCAGCUCCAAAUUCGAACCAAAUGACAAAAUUGUGAAUGAUACAAAUAAAAAAAAGAGGAACUGUAUAGAAAAAUAUUCGUUCAACGAUUUUAUGAAAUAACUGACAUUGGCGCAAAAACAAAUAACAAAAAAUCAACGCCGAAUAAAAACUGCAUACGAACAAAAGUGAGUGAUUUUUUUCCCAUCCAUUUCGUAAUGUGUGUGCGAGUGAUUUAAUCCAUUCAUGCGAUCUUUUUUUAGUUCUCGCAUUGAUGAUAAAAACAACAAUGGUUAUUUAUUAUCACUGGUUGGGACAUAAAAUAACAAAGAAUUGCGUUACGGCGACAGAUCAAAGAAUCGAUUGCAUCGAACAUUACAGAAAUUAUAUGAAUAGCUUCAUUGUCAAUUCAUUUGCACAAGAGCAACGCGUAUAAUCGAUAACGUGACAUUUUGAAUGGAAAGCCUGACACAUUGUCGAUUAAAUCCAUACGAAAAUAAAUAAGACGAACAAAUUCCGGUGGAAAUUUAUGCAUUCAAAAGACAAGCAUAACAAAAAAAGAAGAAUUAUUAUUGUGAGUCGAGUGUGUUCGUAAUCAAAAUAUAAUUGCACGGCAACUGACAACACUAAACGUAAGAACACAUUGAAUGUGUAUGUGCGCAAAAAUAUCGAUUUGCGGAUACGACUGCAAUUAAUUGCAUUUUAAUUGUAGAAAGAAUUGGAUUUGUUACGCCGAAAAUUCUAUGGAACUCGUUGAAUAAUAACUGAAUUAAGGAUAAAAAGAGAUUCGAAAAAGAAGAGGAAUUUAAAUAAAGUAAUACCGAUAAAAACGUGCGAUUUAUCGCGUGUGCAUUCAACAUAAAAAAAAUUUCAAUAUUCAAUGACUUUAUUUAUGAUUUGUCGAUUUUAAUACAGUCUUUCAAAUACAUUUAUAAAUAUUGAUUUGAUUGCUCAAUAGGCUUCGAUAUUUUUCAGGCCAACUGAAAACGUGUAGCAAACGGAAACCAAUUUUCAUCAUUUCCGUGAAAAAAAAUUCCAUUUUUUUUGUUUCGAGGGUGAAAAUGUGUUCAUUACGAAAAUAGUUGUGGCCAUUUUUUUAGCGCAAUGCCGAUUUAUAUCAUUAACACCGAAUUUUUUAUGAAGGGCUCAUGCGCCGAUUCUGUCGACAGGAAAACGACAUUUUGAACGCUUUGUUAAAUUACUAGUUACUGUUAAGGCAAAAAUAAGCCCAUCUCUCCCUUUCGAAACAGGGAGAGAAAAAAAGACGUGAAAAAGAUCGUUUGUCGACACACCAAAUAGGUGCACACAAAAACGAGCAAAGUCAUUGUAAGUCAAUCCAUCGAAAAACGAUAGCUCAAAAACUUUUGUGGAACAACCAAACGCCAAUAUUCAGUAGAGAGACAAUUACAACUCUAGCACAAUACGGUGAAUAAUUCAGACCACGGCAAAAGUGAAAUUCUAUCGCUGAGAGGCGGUACCAAACAGAAACUUUAUUUUUAUCAUUUUGAGAUUAAUUCAUUCUGAAUGUUGAACGUCUAAAUAUCGAUGGAGUAGGAAUAUUUAACGCUUUGGAAAACAAUCCAAUAUAUAUGUAUGCAUAGAUUUUUAUGAAAGUAUGAUAAUGCACAAUCUAAAUGUGGCCUGUAACUGUCAUUUUAUAUUAAGCUAAAUACAUGUGAAUUGACUAUAUUAGCAAAAGUAAAAGAAAACAUAACUGACUUGAAAAUACAUAGACAUUUAGUGAAAUAACAAACUGAAAUAAUAUCACUGUCAGAAUAUUUCUCUCAACAAUCAACGUUAUACGUCGAAACAGCGUCAACAUUUUUUCUUUGCUUCAAACGUAAAAAGAAGCAAACCAAGAAUAUUUCCCAACACACACAGUGCAAUUAUAUAAUGGAUAUGGAUUAUUACAUUGGAGCGUUUUAUAUACAUUUGGUGCUACUACUGGCUGCGGUGUCAAGGACGAUGUGUGGUGAGAACAGUGUUCAUUACUGGGAGACACCAUAUGCACAACCAUUUUUUGAUAAUACAACCAAACGAGACGUCACUGCAACCGUAGGACAACCGGCACUAUUGCAUUGUAAAGUACGCAAUCUAGGCGAUCGAGCGGUUUCAUGGAUUCGGAAAAGGGACUUGCACAUAUUAACAGUUGGUAUUUUAACCUAUUCGUCGGAUCAACGAUUCCAGGCCAUGCAUCAAGAGGGUUCAGAUGAAUGGACAUUAAAAAUAACAUCACCACAACCGCGUGAUUCGGGAACCUAUGAGUGCCAAGUUUCGAUGGAGCCAAAGAUCAGUCUGGCAUUUCGUUUAAUGGUUAUCGUUUCACGAGCAAAAAUACUUGGCAACUCGGAAAUAUUUGUUAAAAGUGGCAGCGACAUAAAUUUAACGUGUUUUCUACAAUAUUCGCCAGCGCCGCCAUCAUUUAUCUAUUGGUACAAAGAAGGACGUGUCAUCAAUUAUUCACAGCGAGGCGGAAUUAGUGUAUUGACUGAACGUAAAACACGAACGAGUAAAUUGGUUAUUUCAAAAGCGAUGUCAUCUGACAGCGGCAAUUAUACAUGCAUACCAUCCUCAUCGGAUGCAGCAAGUGUUAUGGUCCACGUUAUACAUGGUGAACAUCCAGCUGCAAUGCAGUUUGCGAACAGUAGCGCAAGUAGUAUAUUUUUUCCGUCGAUUUUUGGUGCGUUCUUCGCACGUAAUCGAAAUACGGACACUAUUCACUUGGACAACGACCAAAGCCAGCUAUAUAAUAUUAACGAUAUGGCCACUGAUGAUUUCCAUUCCAUUGUAACUACGGAACAACAGCGACUAAAUAAAGCAGUUAGCACUGAUGCAAUGGCUGCAGCCAAUGCACAAAAACACAAUCGGCUACACAUUGAUUACAGCAGUAUCACAACGUUGCCAACAAUGGUGCAUCAAGUGUACGAAUUAUUAUCAGGUCAAUUGCACAUAAUUAUCCAUACGAUUUAUAAACAAUUUCCAAACACGAUACUAUGCUGGCUAUUCCAUUACAUUAUUGGCACCGUGUCCAUUCAUUUGCUGUUGGCGACAAACAAUAGUUGAUUUUAAGGUAAGGCAAAAACGAUAAUUGAAUUGAGGGUCAACGAAGACAAAGUACAUACACAAAUAACCGAAAUAAAUUCGGCAUAAUUCACCCACACACAAUCUCACUCAAACAUACAACAAUACACAAACACCGAAAGAGACACACACACACAAUGGACAUCAAGAAAAACCAAACAAUGCUAAAGAAAACAAUCGUAGGCGAACAUGAUAAAUGCAAACCAGAAGUGAAUUUGGCAUCGCUUUCAAUGGAAAUUUAUUGAGCAAAAUAACCACAAAUUGCUCGUAGAAAACUUUAUUAUUACUAUUAUUAUUAUUCUAUAAGGUAAGAUCACUCGUCUUUCUUAUGGCGGUAAAAAUCUUAUAGUUAAAUUCGCUCAUCGAAAAUCUACAUAACAACAACAACAAAAAAAUCAUAGUAGUAUAUAUAUGUGUACGGUUAUUUCUUGUGCAAAUAAAAUGUAUAAUAUUUGCAUGAAUGUGAAAGCAAAACGGUUGAACUCAUUUGCCUUGAGCAAAUUCGUGGGGGCACAAUUGUGCUUACAUUGUGUGGAAAGACGAACUUGCCAAAUUACAUAGAUCGUCAACGGAGUGCGCGCCAUUCUUUCACCUAAAUAAGAAGAUAAGGAACAAUAUGGGCUAAUAUAAAUCAUUACAGACAAUGUAAUUAAUUUUAAAACUUUGUAAAAAAAAACCCACAACCAACUCCCAUAGCAAACCAACCGAACAUUCUUUCAUUUUAUCUAAAAUGCAAAGCAACGUGCAAAUAAAUCACCCAUGAGAGAAAUGUGUGAGCGGAAUGCAAGUAUAUGUAUAUGUGAUAGGAUCGCGUUUGUGUUAAAUAGCCUAUGGCUGUCACACAUUCGACUUUUUUUUUCUUCGUUCAGAAAGUGUGCGCAUUUAAAUAUUGUACCCGCCAUACACCCUCCUCCCAAACCAGUAAUAUUUAUGUGCUCGCGAAUUAAAUUUAGAAACACUUAAAAUAUUCACAUUCAAAAAAGAAAACUCUUAGUCUAAUUAAAAAUCAACUGCAGCAAGCCCAAGAAAUAUUACGCCUAAAAGUAAAAUCAUAGAUUAGCAUUAAGAUUGAUCUGAUUUUCCGUUUUAUUUUUAGAGAACAAAUUUUCGUUUUUUCAUUGGUUAGAAAUUGAAAAAGAUCUACGAUUUGAGAUUGUUAAAAAUUUUUUAUUUGGGUGAGAAUACAACUAGUUAGACGUUUUUUUAUGCAUUUGACUAUGAUAAUUGUCAUUUUCAUUAAUUGCAAAUCGGUUGAAUAGUUUAUUUUUGUACAUUAAUUUAUAAAGAUGAUGCAUUCCGAUUUCGAAUAAUUGGCAUUGUACUUUUUUUCUCCUGGAUUUGAACAUUUUUAAAUCAAAAAGAAACUAUAAACUGAAUGUGAGCAUAGAGGUGCAGGUGCACUGCACAUGAUGUGCUUAGAAAUUCCCAAUAAUAAAAAACAAAUCUUAUAAAUAAUUCAUGAUUUGCAAAUUAAAGUGUUUUUCAACAAAUAAAUCAUUGAAAAAUUUAAU